AUCAUUAUCUUUAUGCGAAUAAUGUGAUUUAACUAUCAAUUCAUUGUGCGCUUCAUGUUUGUUUUUAAUGUUAUGUUUAAAUUUUUUAUUCUGCUUUUACCCUUUUGAACUCAUCAGUUGCUUUGCCAAUGAUUAGUUCUGUGAUGAUACUGUUCUUGGCCUACUCCUCCUCUGACCAAAAGGACGAGUGAGCGAGGACAUCGAACUGUGUGGGUCUGAGUAACACAGCUUUAGUAGUACUAUAAUAAUUACGACUAUUGUUGUUAUUAAAUUACAAUUAUGGUGUCGCAUCCGAUAUUCGUCAUGAACGCUGAAACAUCGCGUUACUACAUUGACAAUUUAUAUACGCAGGAUCACGCAAAGUGCUACCAGGCGCUUAACUUCAUUAAAAACUCCAUUAUGGGUAGUAACCGUCAGAAAGGCAUUGUCAUCGCAAACGGCAUAGUACCAAGGCUUUUACAGGUGUUAUCUGAUGAAUCGAAAACUCCAGACAUUCGUUUGGAAACUGUUGUGAUAUUAGGUUCAUUGGCCAAAGGCACUGAAGAACAAGUAAAGGCCCUGGUAGAUGCCAAUGUUGUUUCGCACAUACUCAAAGUUUUUUAUGUAUAUAAUGAUGCAAAAUUUUGUGAAUCAUGUCUCCGUUGUUUAUGUACUAUUCUGAAAUAUCCGUUUGCUGAUUAUUCUGUAGUGUUUAGUGAUUUAGACAUUGUAAAGAAACUGGUUCAAACCAUUGAAGAUUCUUGCAGUAAUAGUAUUUCUACCAUGUCUAUACUGUCUUAUUCUUGUCGUACAACAGUCCAUCAAGAUAUGUUAUGGGGAGCAGGAAUUGGUUUCAUUUUAUAUAAUUUACUUAAAAAUAAUGUGGAUGAUUUGUCUAUUGCUACAUUGAAAUGUUUAGCUCGUGUAUGCCAAGAUAAUCCAACUAUUUCUACUGCUCUUGCAAAUAAUGUAUAUAAUGGUGAAAAAAUUCCAGAAAUGUUAGAUUCUAUGCGAAGUGGAGAUCGACCCACUAGUAUGCGAUUAGCUGCUUCUAAAUGCAUUACAUGUCUUUAUCGUGCUGGAGCAUUAGAAGUCAAUGAUUCUAAAGUAAUGUUUGGAGCAUUACCUACUCUUGUACGCUUAUGCCAGAAUGAUCAAAAAUGGGAACAUCGUGUUGAAGCAGCAGAAAUUUUAGCCGUACUCAUUGAGGAUGAUGCUGAACUUCAAUCAUUAGCGAGUAUAUCAAAUCAUUUGUUACAAACAUUGGCAGAAUUUGUCAACUAUCCAGUACAUCAAUCAGGGGAAUAUGGAGGUGCCUUUGGAGAACAUAGGGCUAAAGAAAUGAAGCAAGCUGCUUUCAAAGUUUUUGCAUCUCUGGGAGCAAAUGAUGAAGAAAUCCGUAAACGAAUAAUUGAAACUGAUAACUUAAUUGAUCAUAUUGUAUUAGGUCUUAAAGAUCCUAGUCCUAAAGUCCAAUUGGCUGCAGUUCGAUGUUUACAUUCAUUGUCACGUUCUGUACAGCAAUUGCGUACCACUUUUCAAGAUCAUUCAGUUUGGAAACCUUUAAUGAGUCUAUUAGAAGGUGCUUCAGAUGAAAUUCUUAGUGUCACUUCUUCUACGCUAUGUAAUCUUUUACUAGAAUUCUCACCAUCCAAAGAGCCAAUUCUAGAAUCAGGAGCUAUUGAACUAUUUUGCAGUUUAACAAAACGAGACGAUCAUUCAUUAAGACUUAAUGGAAUUUGGGCCUUGAUGAACAUGGCAUUUCAAGCAGAACAAAAAAUAAAAUCACAAAUCUUGAGUACUUUGGGAACUAAUCAAAUCUUUACUUUGUUAUCUGAUUCACAUAACAAUAUAUUAAUGAAGACAUUAGGUCUAUUAAGGAAUUUGCUGUCAACGAAACCACACAUUGAUUACAUAAUGAGUCUGUGUGGCAGUGAUAUAAUUCAGGCUGUCAUGAUGAUACUUGAAGGCGAUCACUCGCCUGAGGUCAAAGAACAGGCAUUGUGUAUUUUGGCCAACAUUGCUGAUGGAGAUAUUGCUAAAGACUAUAUUAUGAGAAAUAAUGAAAUACUAAAAAAAAUACAAGAAUACAUGACAAAUGUCAAUGCUAAAUUACAAGCAGCUGCUAUAUUUUGUGUUUCAAAUCUUGUGUGGAAAGAAGAUAGUGGCGCAGCUGAUAGACAAGCCAAAUUAAAGGAAAUGGGUAUUUUUAAACUUUUACAGCUAUUAAUAUCAACAUCAGAUUCUCUGUUGUUUGAUAAAGUAAAGACUGCCCUUACACAGUUUUCAGACUCUUGACAAACUAGUUGUUACAACUCACCACCUUCUGUUGGUGUUUAAGUAGGUACUUCUUUAUAUAAAAAGAAAAAAGUUUAUAACUAUAAUUUUUGAUCAUUUUGUUUUAAUUUCAUAAUUGAUUAUAAUUAAUG